AUGCUGGCGCUAGGGACAUCGGAGGCAAGUCAUCUGAAAGCAGAGCAGCUGCCCUUCCAGAAUUCCCAGCGGAACAAGUUCCUGCUGUACACAAUCGAUCGCAUCAUGAAGCGAAACUCGAGCGGAGACGUGCGAGGGUUCAAGCGCAGGAAGCUUGCACAUCGCAAGCCAAAGUGUAUAAAACGAUCUCAUGACGCACUCCUAAUCGCCUGGAGAGGGUCACAGAAACAUGUUCCAGGCACAUGCUACCACAUUGAAGUAAGGAGACAUUUAGAAAGCACAUGGCGAACAGCAUCUGAGGCAUACCCCGGGGAAAGAAUCUGGAUCUCUCACUUGCAGUCACAUACGGUCUAUCUGGUCAGGAUACGGGCAAGAUGCGGGCCGCACUACAGCAAGUGGAGUGAUGAAGCAAUGUUCGAAACACUCGCGCAGAAUCAUCUUCGAAGCAUCGAGAACGUUGAUGUGCACGCGACAAACAACUCGGUCAGUCUCUUCUGGAAGAAUGAAUGCAGAAGCAUCACGAGCUAUGAUGUUCAUGAGCUCAGACAUGGAGCAUGGACGACCGUGCUAGACGCUCAAGAACAAUUCAAGAUGCAAGCCGAGUUCCAGCGACGAGCACCAGGCGCUGUGGAGGAGGCGGUAUGGUUUGUAAGAAGGAAUCUGCUGCCGGGGAGAGAGUACGCAUUUCGGAUUAUAGCAAAGGAGAAAGAGAAUCAUUACAGCAGCAAACCCAUACACGUCAAGACGGAAUCACCAGUGUUGAGCCCUCCCGGCCCCUGUGACAAGGAGCAGCAUCCUACGUGCUCAUGCGACAAGUUCUCACAGACCGAUGCAGACUGUCAUUGCAGUUCUACUGCCUCACCUUGUACGGACGUGAACUUCGAGAUUCCAACUGUUUCACCCUGUUCACAUGUCUCUGCCCCCAUGAUGCCGUUGGCUCUUAACUGCUCAGAAGCGUCACCAGACAGCAUCACCAUCGAGUGGGAUGGCCUCAUGUGCCCUGCUACGACCGAGUACGUCGUACAGACCAUGCAGCUCGGAAACUUCUGUCUCCAUCCGAGUUGGGGUGAACAUCGCAGUCAAUCAUCAACUUUGACGCUUGAAAGCCUUCGAUCAUCCACAUUCUACCUUGUUAGAGUCGCUCCAGUCUGUGUGAUAUGCAACAACUUCAUCAGUGAGGUAUCAUCUGAGCCUGUUGCGCUGCCGGCACUGACGCACAAGUUUGAACGACAGUGGAGCAAAGUUCUUGUUCUCCCCACGAAGCCGAUGGAUAAUGCGAGAGUGGAGCUGCAAGGAAAACUUCAAAGAAUCCUUGACUGCAAGAGAACAUCCCAGAUGAUCAUCAGCCGGCUGAUGAAGAGCCACCUGACCUUAGACGAGGUGAAGAAGAUGCCAAGGCGUGUCUUGGAACAACACUUGAGGGAGCUUCAGGUCAAAGAGGGGGGGAUUUUCGCUGUAACGUAUGCCCUACACGGGAAGACGCUUCCAUGUCUCACAAACUGA